UACCCUCUUGCGAGCAGGUGUCCGUUUCUCUGUGCCUCUUCUUUCACUCUCAUCAUUAUCUCAUCUUCGACGAGGGUUAGGGUUAGGGUUUGUGGGUUUGUGGGUUUGUGGGUUUGUUUAAGCUAUGGAAGAAAUCACAGAGGGAGUGAACAGCAUGAACAUUGCAGAUUCUCACAAGAAGAAUCGGAUUCAGGUCUCUAACACCAAGAAGCCCUUGUUUUUCUAUGUUAAUCUCGCCAAGAGGUACAUGCAGCAGCACAACGAGGUGGAGCUCUCUGCCCUGGGAAUGGCUAUUGCUACUGUUGUUACCAUUGCUGAAAUUCUGAAAAACAAUGGAUUGGCUGUCGAGAAAAAGAUCAUGACAUCUACUGUUGAUAUGAAGGAUGAAUCAAGAGGUCGACCCAUCCAAAAAGCCAAGAUCGAGAUAUUGCUGGGGAAGACUGAAAACUUUGACGAACUGAUGGCAGCUGCAGCAGAAGAGAGGGAGGCUGGGGAUGUUGAAGAGCAGCAGAGUUGAGAGGAUGUUGUUUCCUUAGCAUCUAGUUUGUCGUUCUUAAGUGUGCUGGUACUGGUAAAGCAGGGUACUCAGUCAAUUUCAAUGUUUGUAGACGGAUUAAGGUCUGCAGUCUGGGAUUAGCUUGCUAGCUGUGAAAUAUUAUGUUAGGAGAGUAGAUCUGCAGUUUUCCAUUCAAAAUUCAAUUUUGUUUGAUUUUUUAUUUUAUUUUAUUUUUAUUUUUAACUUGAUGUUUUUAUUUGAACACUUGGAUGUGAUGUUUUGGAAUAUGUAUGAAUCGAUGCUUACUAAUCCUUGGUUUUUUUUU